CCUCAUUAGGAAUCAAUGGAUAUGCUCGCUAAGCAACUACAACUCCCAUCACACACCGCGCAGCAGCCGAGUACAAAAUGGCGGCGCGCCGCGGCGCACGCCGGGAUUGUAGUCCGCCCCACCCCGCUGUUAACGGAAGAGGCGGAGCUAAAGGACUACGACCCCCAUCGCCCCCCGCGGCCGCGCAUGCGCGCGGGGCGGAAGUGGAGGUGGGGCCCGCGCGCGUGGCGUCGCCUCAGCGUCCGCUCAGGGGAGGCCGCGCGGGGAUUCGCGGGGAACUGUCGCGACAGAGCGGAGCUGUCGGCGAUAGAGGAGCAGCGCAACCUCUCGGCCCUGCGGCCCAAGAAAGGGGGGGCGGGCGCGGACCCCCCCCCCGGCGAGGAGGAGCUGCGGCGCCUCGAGGCCGCCCUGGCCAAGAAACCCAACGCCGACAUCCUCGACCACCAGCGCAAGCGGAGGGUGGAGCUGAAAUGCCUGGAGCUGGCCGAGCUGAUGGAGGAGCAGGGCUACUCGGCCGAGGAGAUCGAGGCCAAGGUGGCCACGUUCCGCACGAUGCUGCUGGAGAAGGACGAGGGGCCCGGCGACCCCGAGCAGAAACCCACGGCCACGGAGACGCACCAGCUGGCCGAGGCUAACGAGCGGAAGAACGAGCGGCUCCGCGCCGCCUUCGGCAUCAGCGACUCCUACGUGGACGGAUCCGCCUUCGAGCCGGGACGGCGCCCCCGGGACCCGCCCCAGGAGCCCCCCCAGGAGCCCCCCAGCGCUCCCCCGGAGCCGUCCAGCUCCCGCUCGCCGUCCCCGAAGCAGAAGAAGAAGAAGAAGAAGAAGGAUCGGGGCAGGUCCGCCAGCCGCUCCGGGGAGAGGAAGAAGAGCAAGAAGAAGAAGCACAGGUCCGAAUCUGAGGCCAAGAAGCGAAAGCACCGCUCGCCCAGCCCCAAGGCCAAGCACAAGGCCAAGGAGAAGAAGCGCAAAAGAUCCACCAGCCAAUCGCAGAAGCCGGAGCGCUCUUCCUCCCCGGCCGGCUCCUCCUCCUCCUCGGGCUCCUCCCGCAGCAGGUCCCGCAGCGCCGCGGCCCCGACCCCGACCCCGACCCCGGCGCAGCGCCGCACGGAAGAGGAUCCGGCGCCGCCGCCGCCGCCGCCUUCGGCCUCACCUGCCGCCGCCGCCCCUCCCCCGCCGCAGGAGCCGCAGCCGGAGCCGCUCGCGCCGCCCUCGCCGGCGCCGUCCCCCGGCGUCGCCGCGGAGCCGCCGCCCGUGAGCCCCUCCCCCUCCCCGUCCCCCUCCCCUCCCCCACCCCCGAAACGCGCCGCCCCUCCCCCCUCCUCAUCCUCAUCGCGGCGAUCGCGGUCACGGUCCCGAUCCCGUUCGCGCUCCCGUCGCCGCGGCGGCACCGGCACAACCGCGAGGAGCUCCCGGCGCCGCUCCCGCUCCCGGCGCCGCUCCCGCUCCCGGCGCCGCCGCUCCCGCUCCCGCACGCCGCUCUGGACGCCCAAUGCCGCCUCGCCGCCGCGCUGGCCCGGCGCCGCCUUCGCCGCCACGCCGCUGACGCUGCCCAACAGCAUCCCCACCUCCGGCAGCGCCGUCGCCGCCGCCGCCGCCGCGCGCUCGCGCAGCCGGUCACGCACCCGCCGGCGCUCACGGUCGCGGAGACGGUCGCGGUCGCGGCGGUGGGGACGGUCGCGGAGCCGGUCGCGGUCACGGCGCCGAUCCCGUUCAAUAAUCCGCCGAUCGCGGUCACCGAUUCGCCGAUCGCGGUCACCGAUUCGAAGAUCGCGGUCACCGAUUCGCCGAUCGCGGUCACCGAUCCGAAGAUCGCGGUCACCGAUCCGCCGAUCGCGUUCUCGGCGCCGUUCGCGCUCCCGGCGUCGCUCUCGGUCGCGGCGUCGUUCCCGGUCUCGCCGCCGCUCUCGGUCCUUGUCGCCGUCCCCCGACCGCCGCCGCCGCCGCCGCGCCGCGCGCCGCAGCCGCUCCGACUCCUCCGGCAAGUCCCGGCACGGCGGCGCCCGCCGGAGCCGCUCGCUGAGCUCGCCGAUGCCCAAAAAGCGCCAACGAUCCCGUUCGGCGACGCCGCGGCGACGCCGCGACCGCAGCGACUCCCCCUCCCCCGCCCCGGCGCGAAGGUUGUCACCGUCACCGCCGACGCCGGCCACCGGCGCCAACGCCACCAAAUUGCCGUCGCCCGGCCCCGGGCGGCCCAAGUGGGUCCCGCUGGCGGAGCUGCACCCGCCCCGCGGCGCGGCGGUGACGGCAACGCCGGCGACAACCGCGGCGUCCAAGUGGGUGCCCAUUGGAGGGGCACAACCGGCACCGCCCGGCACCGAGAGCGGCAAAACCGCGACCGAAACGGCACCGGCGGGUGAGGAGAAACCGGAUUUGGCGCCGGUGACGUCGCCGGGAGCCGCCAAAUCAACACCAACACCGGUGGUGGUCAAACCAACAGUUGGUGAUGCCAAACCGACAAUCGGUGACGCCAAACCGGCAAUCGGUGACGCCAAACCGGCAGUUGGUGACGCCAAACCGGGUGUCACCGAGGUGAAAACGCCCAAUGGUGAGGUCAAACCGCCGCCGGCACCGUCAAUCGUCACCGCGGCGCCGAGCGUGGCCAAAUUGGACGUUCCGCCUUCAUCGCCGGCGAAAACGGCGUCACCGAACGUCACCAAACCACCUGACACCAAACCGGUGAUGGAACCGCCCAAAGCGUCGCCAACCACCAAAAUUGACCCCAAACGUCCCCCACCGCCGCCGCCGCCGGGGUUACCGCGGGUUUUGGCGCGUUCUCCCAACCCAACCGGCGUCACCGCGGCGGCGUCGGGCGCGUCGCUGCUGCCGGCGGCGCGGCUCAGCCUCCCGUCCUCGCCCGUGGCGGCCUCGGCGCUGCCGCCGCUGCUGCCGGGGGCGUUGGGCGCCAAAUCGGCCUCGGCGCGGUUGGGCGGCGCCAAAAGCGGCGGCGGCGACGCCAAAACGAUCACCGGGGGUGUCGUCAGCCCGUUGGGCGCCGCCAUCCUGCGCGCCAGCGCCGACAACGCCGCCAAGGCCUCCGCCAUGGCCCGCGCCACCGGGGCCACCAGUAUCACCAGUAUGACCAGUAAGGGCACCGCUGGGACCAGUUUGGGCGGCGGCAUCGGCGCUAAAACGGCGGCGACCGGUUUGACCAGUAUGACCAGUUUGACCAGUUUGAGCAGUGCGGGCAGGGUCGGUGCUGGGAGUGUCCCCAAGGCCGCCGGUGGGACCAGUCCGGGUGUCACCAGUAUGACCAGUUUGGGCGGUGCUGCGGCGACCAGUACGACCAGUAUGACCAGUUUGAGCAGUUCUGCAGGGACCAGUACAACCAGUUUGAGCAGUGCUGCGGCUCCCAGUAUGACCAGUUUGAUGAGUUCUUCGGCUCCCAGUGUCACCAGUAUGACCAGUACAACCAGUUUGAGCAGUUCUUCGGCUCCUAGUACGACCAGUUUGACCGGUUCUGCAGCUCCCAGUGUCACCAGUAUGACCAGUUCUGCAAGUCCCAGUACAACCAGUUUGAGCGGUGCUGUGGCUCCCAGUACAACCAGUACAACCAGCUUGACAAGUGCAGUGGCUCCCAGCCUCACCAGUACAACCAGUACGACCAGUUUGACCGGUUCUUCUGCUCCCAGUGUCACCAGUUUGACCAGUCUGACCAGUUCUGCAGCUCCCAGUGCUCCCAGUAUGACCAGUUUGAGCGGUGCUGCAGCUGUCAGUGUCACCAGUUUGAGCAGUGCGGUGGCUCCCAGUGUCACCAGUACAACCAGUUUGAGCAGUGCCACGGCUGCCAGCAUCACCAGUACAACCAGUUUGACCAGUUCUGCAGCUCCCAGUGUCACCAGUUUGAGCGGUGCCAUGGCUCCCAGUGUCACCAGUACAACCAGUACGAGUUUGACCAGAUCUGCGGCUCCCAGUACAACCAGUUUGAGCAGUGCUGCGGUUCCCAGUGUCACCAGUGCCUCUGUUGUCAGUGCCACCAGAACAACCAGUGUCACCAGUACGACCAGUCUGACCAGUUCUGCAACUCCCAGUGUCAUCAGUGUCACCAGUACAACCAGUACAACCAGUUUGAGCAGUGCUGUGGCUCCCAGAGUCACCAGUAUGACCAGUGCUGCAACUCCCAGUGUCACCAGUAUGACCAGUGGUACCAGUUUGGCUCCCAGUGCUCCCAGUGUCACCAGUAUGGGCACACCAGCGGCUCCCAGUGCUCCCAGUAUCAGCGUGGCUGCAGCUCCCAGUACUCCCAGUGCUCCCAGUGUCACCAGUACGGGCACAGCAGCAGCUUCCAGUGUCACCAGUGCUCCCAGUAUCAAUGUGGCAGCAGCUCCCAGUGCUCCCAGUAGCACCAGUGUCAGCAGUACCAUCACAGCAGCGGCUCCCAGUGUCACCAGUGCUGCACCUCAGGGCGUUCCCAGUGCUCCCAGUAGCACCAGUACUGUCGUGGCUGCGUCACCCCGGGCUCCCAGUGCUCCCAGCGCUCCCAGUAUCACCAGUACCAGCUUAACCAGUGCUCCCAGUAUCACCAGUACCAUCCUGGCUGCAGCUCCCAGUAUGACCAGUGCUGUACCUCGCAGCAUUCCCAGUGCUCCCAGUGCUCCCAGUACUGGCACACCAACUGCUCCCAGUGCUCCCAGUAUGACGAGUGCUGCACCUCACGGCGUUCCCAGUGCUCCCAGUGCUCCCAGCACCACCAUUGCUGUGCUCAAGAGCGCUCCCAGUUCUCCCAGUAUCACCAGUGCGGGAACACCAGCGGCUCCCAGUGCUCCCAGUGCUCCCAGAAUCAGCAUGGAGGUGACUCCCAGUGCUCCCAGUACCACCAGUGCUGCACCUCAGAGCACUCCCAGUGCUCCCAGCAUGACCAGUACCACCAUGACUGCAGCUCCCAGUGCUCCCAGUAUCACCAGUACGGGCACACCAGCGGCUCCCAGUGCUCCCAGUGCUCCCAGUACCACUCUGGCAGCGGCUCCCAGUGCUCCCAGUAUCACCAGUGCUGCACCUCAGAGGAUUCCCAGUGCUCCCAGUAUGACCAGUACCACCAUGACUGCGGCUCCCAGUGCUCAGAGUGCUCCCAGUGCUCCCAGUACCACCCUCGCAGCGGCUCCCAGUGCUCCCAGUAUGACCGUGGCAGCGGCUCCCAGUGCUCCCAGUACCACCAGUACCAUCAUGGCAGCUGCUCCCAGUGCUCCCAGUGCUCCCAGUAUCACCAGUACCACCAUGACUACGGCUCCCAGUGCUCCCAGCGCUCCCAGUGUCACCAGUAUGGGCACACCAGCGGCUCCCAGUGCUCCCAGUAUCAGCGUGGAGGCGGCUCCCAGUGCUCCCAGUAUGACCAGUACAGGAACACCAGCGGCUCCCAGUGCUCCCAGUGCUCCCAGUGCUCCCAGUAUCAGCGUGGAAGCGGCUCCCAGUGCUCCCAGUGCUCCCAGUAUCACCAGUAGUGGCACACCAUUGGCUCCCAGUGCUCCCAGUAUGACCAGUACAGGAACACCAGUGGCUCCCAGUGCUCCCAGUAUCACCGUGGAAGUGGCUCCCAGUGCUCCCAGCGCUCCCAGUGCUCCCAGUAUGACCAGUACAGGCACACCAGUGGCUCCCAGCGCUCCCAGUGCUCCCAGUGCUCCCAGUGCCCCCAGCGCGCCGCCGGCCGCCGGCCCCAAGGGCAGCUCCUCAUCUUCAUCCUCCUCCUCCUCCUCUUCCUCCUCCUCCUCCUCCUCCUCCUCGAGCGACUCCGACUCCGACUCCAGUUCCAGCUCUUCCGACUCCGCCCCGCCCUCGCCGGCCCCGCCCACCGGGUCCCCGAGCGCCGCCGCCGCCGCUGCCAUCGUCACCGCGGCCACCGGGACCACCGGCCCGUCCCCACCCGAGGGUGCUGCCCCACCCGAGGGCGCCGCCAUCGCCGCCACCGUCACCGGUGUCACCGUGCCCGUCCCCCGGCGCAAACGGCGCCGCUCUUCCUCCUCCUCCUCCUCCUCCUCCUCCUCAUCCUCCUCCUCCUCCUCCAGCUCCUCCUCCUCCUCCUCUUCCUCCUCCUCUUCCUCCUCUUCCUCCUCCUCCUCUUCUUCCUCCUCCUCUUCCUCCUCUUCCUCCUCCUCCUCCUCCUCCGAGGCCCCGCCCCAAGCCACGCCCCAAACCGAAGCCACGCCCCUUUCCGAGGCCCCUCCCACUUCUGCUGUCCCCGCCCCCUCCUCCACAGCCACGCCCACCCAAACCACGCCCACUUCCACCCAAACCACGCCCACCACAUCAGCCACGCCCACUUCUGCCCAAGCCACGCCCACUUCCAGCCAAGCCACGCCCCUCCUGUCACUCAAACCCGCGGCGGUGGGCGGAGCCUCGGCCAUGCCCCGCCCCCCCGGCUCGCUGCUGUCACUCACGCCCGCUGGGGGGCGUGGCCUGCGCCCCUCGCCCCGCCCCCCCGGCUCCCUGCUCUCAUUGGCCGCCGCCGAGCGGGGCGUGGCGGGGCGUGGCGGAGGCCCCUUCCCCCUAUUGGCCGCCCGCAGCCCAGGCUCCGCCUCCUUCCAGCGGGCGGCCACGCCCUUCCUGGCCACGCCCACGCGCGGGGGGUGGAGCCCGCGCUCCCCCUCCUCCCCCUUCCUGCGGGGGGGCGUGGCCGGGGGGGCGUGGCCUCGGCUGGGCGGGGGCGGGGCCUGCCUGCACCGUUUCCACGGCAACCUGGGGGCGGGGCUGGGCUGCUCCGCCCGCCUGGGGGGCGGGGCUUGCAUGCACCGUUUCCACGGCAACGUGGGCGUGGCCUCGGCGGCGGCGGCCAAUCGCGUCAGCCCCUGCGGCCACCGCGGGUGCUGCUACCACGGAAGGGGCGGGGCUUCGCUGUCGGGGGGCGGGGCCACGCCCAGAAGCCCCUCCCCCUUCGCCAUGACGCCCAGCAUGGCCGCCCGCAUGGCCCAGUACGGCUCCAGCUCCUCCCAGUACUCCCAGUACGGCUCCUCCCCCUCCCAGUACAGCCCCGCCUCCUCCCAGUACAGCCCCGCCUCCUCCUCCCAGUACUCCCAGUACCAGUACCAGUACGCCCAGCUGGCCUCCCAGUACUCCCAGUACUCCCAGUACGGCGCCGACGGCUCCCAGUACGGCGCCGGCGACGGCUCCCAGUACGCCCAGUACGCCGCCAGCGCCGCCCAGUACGCCGCCUCGGGCGCCGGCGCCGCCGCCAACGCCGCCGCCAGUGCUGCCAGUGCCGGGAGCGGCGCCGCCGACGCCGCCCAGUACGCGGCGGCAACUGGGAACCACCCCGAAUUUGGGGGAUUUAGCCCCAAAGCCGCGGGGGCGGAGCCUCGCGGGGGGCGUGGCCAUGGCUGAAGCCCCGCCCUCAACGGAGGUGGAGUCAGCGCCGGCACUUCCGGGUUAAGCCCCUCCCUCCCUGCACGUGAUUGGCGGAGGGUGAAAACGCUCAGGUUGCAGGUGGAUUUUGGGAUGGAAACGCCCGCUCUGAGGGCGGAUUUUGGGGUCCCUGUGGGGUCACCGGGGGGUCACGGCGGGGUCGCCCCUCCCCCCACGCCGGCGCGGCCGCUCCAGGAGGCCUCUGCUCCGCCCCCCGAAGCUCCGCCCCCGACUUCAAACCCCGCCCCUUUUCCUUUAGCCACGCCCCCUUUGUCACAAGCCACGCCCCCUUUUCCCCCAGCCAAUCCCCGCCCGUUUCUCCUGACCACGCCCUCGCUUUAGCCCCGCCCCUUCUCCUUGUUUAGCCCCGCCCCUUUUCCAGACUCCGCCCCCUUUUCUUAAGCUCCGCCCAUUUCCCCUCUCGGGCUCCGCCCCUUUUUUUGUUCUGUUCCUGUUUUACAUUAAAACGACCCAAAAAAACCGAAAGGGGCGUGGUCUGUGCGUGG